AUGGUCAAAGGCCUGGAAACGAUGCCUUAUGAGGAACGGCUAAGGGAGCUGGGCAUGUUUAGCCUGGAGAAGAGGAGGUUAAGGGGUGAUAUGAUAGCCAUGUUCAAAUAUAUAAAAGGAUGUCACAUAGAGGAGGGAGAAAGGUUGUUUUCUGCUACUCCAGAGAAGCGGACACGGAGCAAUGGUUCCAAACUACAAGAAAGAAGAUUCCACCUAAACAUUAGGAAGAACUUCCUGACAAAGAACUAUCUCUUGAAGAGGUCCAUUUUGCUGUCUUAUUCUAUCUGAAGAGGUUCCUCUAGGAGAGAAGCUGUUACGUCUAAACAAUGCCGAUUCAUGUGAAUGAUGUGAUUCAACUUCUGUGCCGGUUAUCUGAAGUGCGGGGAAUGAAGGCGGCCAUCAAACAUUCGGGACGAGGAGCACUUAUGGCAGGUUUGGGUGCCUUCACUGGAGGCUUGAUGGCCGGAGCGGUUGGACUUGCAGUGGGUGGGGCACUUGGUGGCUUGAUUGCAGCCUCAAUGUCAAGUGGACAAUUUAAGCCCGUCCCUCAGAUUAUUCUGGAACUGCCUCCAAGAGAGCAAAAACGGCUUUAUGAAGAUGUCCGGGCCAUUGUUAGGAACAUGGAUUGGAUGGAUGUGGCACAGCUCACAGCACUGGUCAUGGGAAGCUCAUCUGUUCAAGAGAAAUUGCUCAUGGUGGUGACAAACUACAUCACCAAGGAGCUUGGCGCUACAAUCAAGUAUGGAGAGUAAAAACCAUAAGAGCAGCAGUCUGUGAAGAGCAACAUAGAGAAGUCAAUGCUGCCAGAAGAUCCCGCCAACUAUACUGUGGAUGUUUGGUGCAAGUCCUAGGCUUUGCAGAGACGACACAAUUAAAGGGCUACAAUACCA